AUGUCACCCAAAUCAAUAACUCUGUCCCCCGUGCCCGCACAGGCUUGUAAUCCGAACUGCUCCCAAGUGGGUCAGAAGUCACCUCUAUCACAGAACAUCAGCAACUCCAUUGAUUCUAUGCUCUCUGCUCGUCAGCGAUCUUGGGUGCAAACUGCGGCUUACUUACUGGGCGUUCGUCAAAAACUACCCGAUGUAGACGGCGAAGAAAUCAACCGAACCCGUACUGUUCAAUCAUCAUAUGAGGCAUUGGCAGGAGCUCAAGAUAUCGGAGCAGUGCAAGAACUUCCUGCACUCGCAGAGCCAGAGCUCGAGCCCGAGCGAAAGAAAGUUGAGUUUCGGAUUCCUCUGAAUAGCAUGGAGACCGAUAAAUGUACGACAUACGUGGGCCGUCUAUACUCCGAAUCAGAUCUGAGUGCCCAGGACCUGUUAGACUCCACGAGGGCCACCAUGGACGUCCCAAAGACGUACGAAAAUUUGGGUUGGCGCCUGUCUACAGCCCACCGCACAGACCCACCCCACCGGCUUCUGAACUCGCAAGAUAUCAGCAAUGCUUUCAGAGCUGCACGGGAGCAGAUGUCCGGUCGGAAAAAGAAGAACGUUGCAAUCGAAAUCGUCAAUACCAAGCCUAUGGUCAAGGGAAAGUCAACAGAACGGCGGGAAGGUGCUAUGUCAUGGUGUUCUGCAGGGGAUCAGAAGAUGGAAUCUAAAGCAUUGCUUCUGCCAUAUGGGCAGGAGUUACAGAUUGUCCAGAGCAAAUUGCGUUGCUCUGAACAUCGACUUGGAGAGGACGCCGCAUUCUGUUGGGUGGAUACAUCACAGCCAGGCAUGAAUCCGCACUAUCCGUUGUGUACCCGAGACCUGCAGGAGUGGGCGAAAUUUUUGCAUGAAACUCGGGAUCCAGAGGAUGCCACAUGUCUUACAUUACCUAGCACACCUCAUUUUGACGAGUUUCGGAAGACAAGGAAGGAACGAACUGUAUCGCCACUUCAGCGUGUGCCUACCGAGCUCGUAUCGCCUGUCAUCCACAAUCACGUUCACAUCUCACCUGCUAUCAACGACAUGCUGGCUUCUAGUAACGGCCCACCUUUCGGGCAACAAGGCCAAGGCCCAAAACCACUCAAGAGGACAUAUGCACUCUACAUGGAGAGUGACGAGGAAUCGGACGAUGACUGGCAACCGCCGCAGGGCAUUGACAACGUCCUUGCAAUCAUCGAUGCUCGCUACCCUGCCAUGGAGUUCCCGCAGUAUGUGGAUAAGCUGAAGGAUCGCGGCAUACUUUAUUUGGUGACGGCAGCGAGUUUUAGUAUUCAAUUUUACGAGGAGAAAAUCAGGAUGCCAGAGGGUGCUGCAUACAUGUUUCACGCUAGUGUUCACAAAGUUCAUAUUAAGGAGGAACGCGCGAAGAUGAGAAGGAAUGCAAAAGGGAAAAGGAAGGCACGAGUGCAACCUGACGACGAAGACAAAGAAAAUAUUCAUACUCUAGAGUAA